AUAAUAUACCUAACGUGUCUCCGAGCUCUCUAAUGGCGAAGCUUCCCCCAAACCCUACCCCUCUGCUUCAUCGAUUCCCAAACCAACCUUCCAAUCCUCCCCAUGGAUCACUACCAAACCCUAGGGCUGAAUCGCAGUGCCAACAAGGAGGAGAUCAAGGAAGCCUUCCGCAAAUCCGCCCUCAAAUUCCACCCAGAUAAACACUCUCACUCCUCCGAUGAUGCCAGGAAUGAAGCCUCGCUUCGAUUCAAGCGUGCAUCCGAAGCCUAUCAAGUUUUGAUCGAUGAGCGUAAGCGCGCCGACUAUGAUCUCCGGCUUCGUUCCGCUGGAUUCCCUCGGUGGUCUGGAAAAGGUCCUCAAUCUUCUUCAUCUCCUCCUUCUUCUUCUUCUUCUUCUUCUGGGUAUUACCGGCCGCCGCGAGCUCCAGCGUCGGAAUUCGAUCCGGCUAUCGUCUUCCGGUGGUUGAUGAGACGCCGGACUCUCAUCGAGCUCGCCGUCGCCGGUGCUUUGCUUGGGGCUUAUAUUGUGAUGGAGGAUAGCUUGGAAAAAGUUUGGAAGAGGAACAAUGCUGGGAAAUCAUUUGAAGAAACAAUAGAAUCCAUCAAGAAGGGAGGAAAAUCACAUAAAGAUACCAGCAAGUAAAUCUCAUUUCUUUCCAAACAAGCUCGACAUCAAAAAGAUACCCCGACUUCAGUCAGGCUUGUGAUCACAUCACAUAAACCCAAAAUCAGAAGUUCUUCACUGUAAAUUACUACAUAACAUUGCAAAGCAAGCAUAUUAACAUUCACAUAUAUUAUGCCAGUGUAUGCGUCGGCGCUCAAAAUAAAGGUACAUGCCCAUUUUAAGCAA